AUGCACACUCUCACUCGCUCUCUCACGCGCUCUCUCACGCGCACUCUCACGCGCACUCUCACGCGCUCUCUCACGCGCUCUCUCACGCGCACUCUCACGCGCACUCUCACGCGCUCUCUCACGCGCACUCUCACGCGCACUCUCACGCGCACUCCUACGCGCUCUCUCACACGCACUCUCACGCGCACUCUCACGCGCUCUCUCACGCGCACUCUCACGCGCACUCUCACGCGCUCUCUCACGCGCACUCUCACGCGCUCUCUCACGCGCUCUCUCACGCGCACUCUCACGCGCACUCUCACGCGCUCUCUCACGCGCACUCUCACGCACACCCUCACGCGCACUCCCACGCGCACUCUCACUCGCUCUCACACGCACACUCUCACUCGCUCUCUCACGCGCUCUCUCACUCGCACUCCCUUGCGCACUCUCACGCGCACUCUCACGCGCACUCUCACGCGCACUCUCACGCGCUCUCUCACGCGCUCUCUCACGCGCACUCUCACGCGCACUCCUAUGCACACUCUCACGCGCGCUCUCACUCACACUCUCACGCGCACUCUCACGCGCUCUCUCACGCGCUCUCUCACGCGCACUCUCACGCGCUCUCUCACGCGCACUCUCACGCGCACUCUCACGCGCUCUCUCACGCGCUCUCUCACGCGCACUCUCACGCGCACUCUCACGCGCACUCUCACGCGCACUCUCACGCGCUCUCUCACACGCAAUCUCACGCGCACUCUCACUCGCACCCUCACGCGCACUCCCACGUGCACUCUCACUCGCACCCUCACGCGCACUCCCACGUGCACUCUCACUCGCUCACACACACGCACUCUCACUUGCUCUCUCACGCGCUCUCUCACUCGCUCUCUCACGCACUCUCACUCGCACUCUCACGCGCACUCUCACGCGCUCUCUCACGCGCUCUCACUCGCACUCUCACGCGCACUCUCACGCGCUCUCUCACGCGCACUCUCACGCGCACUCUCACGCGCACUCUCACGCGCUCUCUCACGCGCUCUCACUCGCACUCUCACGCGCACUCUCACGCGCUCUCACUCGCACUCUCUUGCGCACUCUCACGCGCACUCUCACGCGCACUCUCACGCGCUCUCUCACGCGCUCUCUCACGCGCACUCUCACGCGCACUCCUAUGCACACUCUCACUCGCUCCCUAACGCGCUCUCUCACGCGCAAUCUCACGCGCUCUCUCACGCGCUCUCUCACGCGCACUCUCACGCGCACUCUCACGCGCACUCUCACGCGCACUCUCACUCACUCUCACACGCGCAUUCUCACUCGCUCUCUCACGCGCUCUCUCACUCGCACUCUCUUGCGCAUUCUCACGCGCACUCUCACGCGCUCUCUCACGCGCUCUCUCACGCGCACUCUCACGCGCACUCCUAUGCACACUCUCACUCGCUCUCUCACGCGCUCUCUCACGCGCACUCUCACGCGCACUCUCACGCGCUCUCUCACGCGCACUCUCACGCGCACUCUCACGCGCUCUCUCACGCGCUCUCUCACGCGCACUCUCACGCGCACUCCUAUGCACACUCUCACGCGCACUCUCACGCGCUCUCUCACGCGCUCUCUCACGCGCACUCUCACGCGCACUCCCAUGCACACUCUUACUCGCUCUCUCACGCGCUCUCUCACGCGCACUCUCACGCGCACUCUCACGCGCUCUCUCACGCGCACUCUCACGCGCACUCUCACGCGCUCUCUCACGCGCUCUCUCACGCGCACUCUCACGCGCACUCCCAUGCACACUCUUACUCGCUCUCUCACGCGCACUCUCACGCGCACUCUCACGCGCACUCUCACGCGCUCUCUCACGCGCACUCUCACGCGCACUCUCACGCGCUCUCUCACGCGCUCUCUCACGCGCACUCUCACGCGCACUCCCAUGCACACUCUUACUCGCUCUCUCACGCGCUCUCUCACGCGCACUCUCACGCGCACUCUCACGCGCUCUCUCACGCGCACUCUCACGCGCACUCUCACGCGCUCUCUCACGCGCUCUCUCACGCGCACUCUCACGCGCACUCCCAUGCACACUCUUACUCGCUCUCUCACGCGCUCUCUCACGCGCACUCUCACGCGCACUCUCACGCGCUCUCUCACGCGCACUCUCACGCGCACUCUCACGCGCUCUCUCACGCGCUCUCUCACGCGCACUCUCACGCGCACUCCCAUGCACACUCUUACUCGCUCUCUCACGCGCACUCUCACGCGCACUCUCACGCGCACUCUCACGCGCUCUCUCACGCGCACUCUCACGCGCACUCUCACGCGCUCUCUCACGCGCUCUCUCACGCGCACUCUCACGCGCACUCCCAUGCACACUCUUACUCGCUCUCUCACGCGCUCUCUCACGCGCACUCUCACGCGCACUCUCACGCGCUCUCUCACGCGCACUCUCACGCGCACUCUCACGCGCUCUCUCACGCGCUCUCUCACGCGCACUCUCACGCGCACUCCCAUGCACACUCUUACUCGCUCUCUCACGCGCUCUCUCACGCGCACUCUCACGCGCACUCUCACGCGCUCUCUCACGCGCACUCUCACGCGCACUCUCACGCGCUCUCUCACGCGCUCUCUCACGCGCACUCUCACGCGCACUCCCAUGCACACUCUUACUCGCUCUCUCACGCGCUCUCUCACGCGCACUCUCACGCGCACUCUCACGCGCACUCUCACGCGCUCUCUCACGCGCACUCUCACGCGCACUCUCACGCGCUCUCUCACGCGCUCUCUCACGCGCACUCUCACGCGCACUCCCAUGCACACUCUUACUCGCUCUCUCACGCGCUCUCUCACGCGCACUCUCACGCGCACUCUCACGCGCUCUCUCACGCGCACUCUCACGCGCACUCUCACGCGCUCUCUCACGCGCUCUCUCACGCGCACUCUCACGCGCACUCCCAUGCACACUCUUACUCGCUCUCUCACGCGCUCUCUCACGCGCACUCUCACGCGCACUCUCACGCGCUCUCUCACGCGCACUCUCACGCGCACUCUCACGCGCUCUCUCACGCGCUCUCUCACGCGCACUCUCACGCGCACUCCCAUGCACACUCUUACUCGCUCUCUCACGCGCACUCUCACGCGCACUCUCACGCGCACUCUCACGCGCUCUCUCACGCGCACUCUCACGCGCACUCUCACGCGCUCUCUCACGCGCUCUCUCACGCGCACUCUCACGCGCACUCCCAUGCACACUCUUACUCGCUCUCUCACGCGCUCUCUCACGCGCACUCUCACGCGCACUCUCACGCGCUCUCUCACGCGCACUCUCACGCGCACUCUCACGCGCUCUCUCACGCGCUCUCUCACGCGCACUCUCACGCGCACUCCCAUGCACACUCUUACUCGCUCUCUCACGCGCUCUCUCACGCGCACUCUCACGCGCACUCUCACGCGCUCUCUCACGCGCACUCUCACGCGCACUCUCACGCGCUCUCUCACGCGCUCUCUCACGCGCACUCUCACGCGCACUCCCAUGCACACUCUUACUCGCUCUCUCACGCGCUCUCUCACGCGCACUCUCACGCGCACUCUCACGCGCACUCUCACGCGCUCUCUCACGCGCACUCUCACGCGCACUCUCACGCGCUCUCUCACGCGCUCUCUCACGCGCACUCUCACGCGCACUCCCAUGCACACUCUUACUCGCUCUCUCACGCGCUCUCUCACGCGCACUCUCACGCGCACUCUCACGCGCACUCUCACUCACUCUCACACGCGCACUCUCACUCGCUCUCUCACGCGCUCUCUCACUCGCACUCUCUUGCGCAUUCUCACGCGCACUCUCACGCGCUCUCUCACGCGCUCUCUCACGCGCACUCUCACGCGCACUCCUAUGCACACUCUCACUCGCUCUCUCACGCGCUCUCUCACGCGCACUCUCACGCGCACUCUCACGCGCUCUCUCACGCGCACUCUCACGCGCACUCUCACGCGCUCUCUCACGCGCUCUCUCACGCGCACUCUCACGCGCACUCCCAUGCACACUCUUACUCGCUCUCUCACGCGCACUCUCACGCGCACUCUCACGCGCACUCUCACGCGCUCUCUCACGCGCACUCUCACGCGCACUCUCACGCGCUCUCUCACGCGCUCUCUCACGCGCACUCUCACGCGCACUCCCAUGCACACUCUUACUCGCUCUCUCACGCGCUCUCUCACGCGCACUCUCACGCGCACUCUCACGCGCUCUCUCACGCGCACUCUCACGCGCACUCUCACGCGCUCUCUCACGCGCACUCUCACACGCACUCUCGGCGCGCUCGCUCCCAGGCGACGGCGGGAAGGGAAUGGAAGGCGACGACGGGGAGGGAGGGAGGCGACGAUGGGGAGGGCGAGGCGACGGCGAAGGGAGAGGCGACGGCGGAGGGAGAGGCGACGGCGGAGGGGGAGGCGACGGCGGAGGGAGAGGCGACGGCGGAGGAAGAGGCGACGGCGGAGGGAGAGGCGACGGCGGAGGGAGAGGCGACGGCGGAGGGAGAGGCGACGGCGGAGGGAGAGGCGACGGCGGAGGGAGAGGCGACGGCGGAGGGAGAGGCGAUGGCGGAAUGUGAGGGAGAGGCGACGGCGGAAUGGGAGGGAGAGGCAACGGCGGGGCCAACAGUCCGACUUCCGGUUCUCCCCGUCGAAAAUAAGAUAAGGCCCAAUUGCUCAACGCUCAACAGUCAUGACAAAGGCGUCGGAGGUGAAACCGCCGUGUGCGACGGUAGCUGCUACAGCCGGCGUCAGCGGAAGCAUCCUUUCCUUAUUCGUUCCAUUCGCUCUCAUCCUAACGGCUCUGCCUGUCAGUUCGGAGUCAUGUGGGGCUUCUACAGUGGUGUUACUGAUCCCAGAGAAUUCUCUCCUCUCUUCCGUGUCGCUCAUGUGACUGGCUCAGCACUCGGGGACGGUGUGAAAUUUGGUGCGCUUGCUGCUCUCUUCUCGGGAACCAGAUGUGCCUCGCAGCGCGUGAGGGGUCAAGAUGACUGGGUGAAUUCAAGUGUAGCUGGUGCGAUAUCAGGCACUGUAGUGGCCGCUACAGUGGGUCAACGAGGAUGGACUCUCUUACAAGCAGCUGCUCUUGCAGCUAUAGUAGCAGGAGCAGCAGAUCGUUACUUAAUAGGUUCAGAAAAGAUGGCUCUCUCCCUCAAGCAGGCUCUGACCGUCAGCAGCUCCGAGUUCUGCGGCAAGGCUAUCCGCCAGGCCGCUGCUCCUCAGGCUGCCAAGAAUGUCUCCUUCACCGUCCGCGCUGGCGGAUACGAGGAGGAGCUCGUGAAGACCGCUAAACACAUUGCCUCCCCCGGCAAGGGUAUCCUCGCCAUGGACGAGUCCAAUGCCACCUGCGGUCUUCGUCUUGCCUCCAUCGGCCUUGAGAACACCGAGGCUAACCGCCAGGCGUACCGCACCCUGCUCGUCUCCACCCCCGGCCUCGGCGAGUACGUGUCCGGUGCCAUCCUCUUCGAGGAGACCCUGUACCAGAACACCGUCGACGGCCAGAAGAUGGUCGAUGUCCUCUCCAACGGUGGCAUCGUUCCCGGCAUCAAGGUCGACAAGGGUCUUGUGCCCCUCGCCGGCUCCAACGACGAGUCCUGGUGCCAGGGUCUUGACGGCCUCGCCUCCAGGACCGCUGCGUACUACAAGCAGGGUGCUCGCUUCGCCAAGUGGAGGUCCGUCGUCUCCAUCCCCAACGGUCCCUCCGAGCUCGCCGUCCAGGAGUGCGCGUGGGGCCUGGCUCGCUACGCCGCCAUCUCCCAGGACAACGGCCUCGUCCCCAUCGUCGAGCCCGAGAUCCUCCUCGACGGCGCCCACGGCAUUGACAGGACCCUGGAGGUUGCCUCCAAGGUGUGGGCCAAGACCUUCUUCUACCUCGCUGAGAACAACGUCAUGUUCGAGGGUAUCCUCCUGAAGCCUUCCAUGGUCACCCCCGGCGCGGAGUCCCCGACCAAG